UCCUCGUAAAAUGUGUCAUAUAUGACGUUUUUUUAUAACCUGUGUGUCCGAGUUUUUUUCAGGUCACAGACGAGCUAAUGCUUUGUGAAAGGAGAUUUCUGGUGCAGCUUGUUGGGGGUUCCGCGCAGUGUCAUUAUCGCCACAUCCCCGCUGUCGCGCAUUCAUUGAAAGAACGGAUUGCGAUGUCAAUCGUGGAUAGGAGGAAUGCGCUGAUCUCGGGAACUAUAGAGCAGACACGGGAGGACCUGAAUUAGUGGCAUCGAUGAGCCAAACUGAGAUGGAGAUGUCUGGGGGUCCGGUGGGGGUGACGCGGAGGACUGGGACAGUGAAGAGGACGAUGUGGGGGGGCCUGAGGCAGCAGUGGAAGCUACUGGGCCUGUUUGAGAUUGACCAGCAGCACGAGUUCUACAGCCUCACCUCUAUGAUGAAGGAAGGCCUCUCUGCAGCCGUGCAGACCACCAUCGACAACCCACCACCGGAUGAAUUGUCAGAAGAUGAUUACAGAUUGGAGCUCACUCAAAUACAUAAGGACUUUAAAAUGGAGACGUUUGCAGGGCCAGUGUUUGCCAGCUUGCGUCGCUCCCUGGGGAUGACAGAAAAGGAGUAUCAGCACUCUCUCUCCUCCGAUGGCUCAUACCUGCAGUUCAUCAGCAACUCCAAAAGCAAGGCUGACUUCUUUCUGACGAACGAUAAGUGUUUUUUCCUGAAGACCCAGAAUAAGAGAGAGGUGAAAUUCCUCUUGUCCAAUCUGAGAAUCUACAUGGAGCACUUAGAGAAGUAUCCCCAUUCACUGCUGGUCAAGUUCUUAGGUGUCCACAGGAUAAACAUUUCCCAUAGGAGGAAGAAGUACUUUAUUGUAAUGCAGAGUGUUUUUUAUCCUGACGAUCGAAUCAAUGCCAGGUAUGACAUCAAGGGUUGUGAGGUGAGCCGGUGGACAGACCCAGCCCCUGAGGGUAGCCAGGUUAUUGUUGUCCUCAAGGACUUGAACUUCAAGGGCCAGUAUAUCACUCUGGACCAGCAGCGGCCGUGGCUGCUCCGGCAGGUGGAGAUUGACACGUCGUUCUUGCAGAGACUCAACGUGCUGGACUACAGCCUCCUGGUGGGCCAUCAGCCCCUGCACCAAGACGAACGCCACCAGGGCCUCUCCUUUGCCACCCUUAUCAUGCGCACAAAAAAGUCAGUGAUCACUGGCUCAAGCCCCACCCAUGCGGGCAUGCCCACUGUUCCAGGGGUGGUCCCAGAGGAAGACUCCACGCUGUUGGUGUCAGAGAUGGAUGGCGGGACAGGAAGUUGCAGCAUUGCCGAGUCACGGGGAGGAAGUGACCCGGGCAGUGCCCUUUCCGGGAGAACCUGUACUGAGCAGCCGGCCGGGUCGGUCACAGAUUCGAUGGUGCUCAGGGACUUCCAGGCCCAGAACCGCCGGCUGCUGCCCAACUUCAAGAACCCGCUACACGUCAUUGACGGACCGGAGCAUCGCUACUUUGUGGGCAUCAUUGACAUCUUCACUGUCUACAGCUUCAAGAAGAGGCUGGAGCAUUGGUGGAAGAGACUGCGGCACCCAGGGCAGGCCUUCUCCACCGUCAGCCCCACCUCUUACUGCCUUAGGCUCUGCCAGUGGGUACAGGACCACACCAAGUAGACUCAGAAAAAGGGGAGGACGAGGAUGGUUUGUUCCAGUUGCAGGCUGUCUGCCCAAGAACAAACAUUUGUACACACACAGUAGCAGGCUGUCUGCCCAGGAACACCCGUUUGCAUGCACGCAACUUGGACACUGACCAGAGACAUGAAGCUAUGCUUUUAAAGCGCUAUAAUUUCAGAUUGAUCAAGGAGCAGUUACUUUCAUGUUUCCACAUCUCCCGACCAAAGCUAAAACAAAUAUAAACCAUUAUAUACAAAUAUAAUAUUCACCAUCGCGAAUUCAUGGGUUUCCUUUUCAUAUUCUUUGUUAAGUAAACAAAGAAAAAGGUGUGACAUUUAUAAUCAAGUGCUAUGAAUUAAUUAGCUGAUUUUCCAAAUUAUAAUCGUUUUUUAAUUGUUGAAGUUCAAUUAGCAAGUGAAUGCUGAACACCAAAAUAAUUGUACAAAUUUGCCACCUCAUAUGGAUUUUUUUAUUAUUACAAUUGAACUUUGAAGUGUUUAUACCUGUGCAAUUUUGUUGUAUUUUUAAAAGUUGUGUUUUCACUUUUCAACUGACCAAGUGAAUAUACUCUCCCGAUAUGACUGUGCAGUGUGUAUGUAUAUAUAUAUUAUUAUAAUUUUUUUCUAUUCUUUGUGCGGUCAUGGCAAGGUCAGUAUAAAGGGUUAACGUUUAAAAGUGAUGACAAACGGUAGUCAUAAAGGUUCUGUUCCCUACUCAGACAUUGCUGACGCAUGUCAGAUCUUACAAUGCCUGGAUAAGUAUUUUACAUAUCAGCUAACCACAUCAUAUGUCAUAGCAAUCUGGUGCCUGACUGCACAGUCUAUGACGUGGCACGCAACCAUUGGUUGAUGCAUGCAAUGUCUGAACAGGGGAACACAACCUUUAUAAGACUGCCUUGUUCUUAUGAUGACCAACACAUUUUUUAAAGGGAAAGUUCACUUCUGGAAAUUGUAUAUUAUUUUUUACUUACCUAGGGAAGAACCUGGACACCCUAGGUAACACCGUAGGGAAGUUGAAAAUACACAAAAAAUUGUGAACUAUCCCUUUAAUGCCAUGUUGCCUCAGAAGAGAUAUUACUCACACUGUCCAGAUUUUAUGGUGAAUUGUAGGCUAAAGACUUAGUCUUGCUGUUAGGAAAUAUAACACAAAUGUGCUUUAAACCUCUUGAGGUGCUUCAUUCUGUACCUCACCCUCGACUCCCUGUGUCAGUCAGGGAAAUAUGAGGAUUGUUUUUAGGGGGUUUUCACAACUCUGUCUGGGUCUGAAUGUUGUUUGAAAGUAAGGCACUGUAUUUACAGGGUUUAAGUUGUCUAGAAACAGAAAUCUAUUCUAUCCAUGAAUAGAAUUUACUUUACAUCCUAUUUGAAUGUAAGAUGUAGCAUAAAAAACAUACACACAAAGUUGGGGAAAUAAAAUACCCUGAUUUGAGGACUAAGUUAUGUGGUCAUUUUCACAACAUAUUCACUAAUGUAAGCUACUUUGUAACGGUGUGGAUGGCUAACUCUAAUCCACCAUCUAUACUCUCUCCUGGCUCAACUUGUUGACCCCUGGUAAAGUCAUGUUUGUGCCUUCUGUCUAUAAUAGGCGUGUGCUGAAACCUUUGCUCAAUGCAUAAAGAAC